GCCCAUGGUCCUGUGCCGACCUCCCGUGGACAUGAUUUGACCUCCAUCUAUCUACCGUACUUCAUCUAUUUAAUUGAGCCCAUCGUGCCCAGCAAGCCUUUGUACUACCAAGAGCGCGUACCAGACUGCGCAUCGCAAUGCCGCAAUCUCCGCCCUAGAAGAGGCGUCGCUGAACCACGCCAACGGCUGCUUUCACGUGCCAAACCCGCCACGAUGACGAUUUGCCCGCCCCAUCGAGGCCGCCCGGCUUGCCGCGAAGCGGCACAUUGCAUCUGCAGGUCCAGGUCGGCAUCGGCGUCGGCGUCUCAGAGAUGAUGAUACACACCGGACUUUAUUGUCGUCGCCGUGACCACCAGCCUCCAACGGCUGUUGCGCGAGACAGGGUUCAAAGAAAUUCCAUGCAGGGCGGGGUGGGCGGACAAACGCCCGGUACAAAGCUCAGCAGGGCACGCUAAUAACCACCAGCGCUGUCCUCGGCGGCGGCCUGUGCUGCUGGUCUGGGCAGUUUGUCCGUUCCUGGAGCGUCUUGUCGUAUUUCGUUGCACAACUGCCCGACAGUCGACACCACCCACGGCCCCAGCGCGUGUUGGAGCCAGUUCGGGAGGCUCGGAGUGGCGGCGGCGCCUGAACAGUCGCCUACGCUCCCUUCAGCCCUCUUUUUCUGGGGUCGGAACCGCCGUUUGUGCCGAGUUUGGGCAGAGCCCGACCCAUACGAGCCCUCGUGGAUAAAACAAGCGGCUCCUCGCGCUCCGUCACGGCCGUUCCUGGUACCAAAAUUGCAGCACGCUCGCAACUGACAAUUGUGGCUUACCCCAGUACCUCCGAUCCUUCAUCACGACGCAUUGGUAUCCUACUUCCUCGGCAAUUUAUGAUCUACGCUCUCAAUACAUCGCCUUCAGCUACAUCCAGCCAUGUCGAUCCCCCCUGCGGCGCGGCGCUACAUGAUUCUAUUCAUGGACUAAGCAUCUCGCGAUAACCUCAGCCGUCAGCCGCCUCUUAUUGGCCAAUCGACCAUCGCUCACGUCACUGACGUCCACGCAUAGCCGCAAGAGGCAAGAGGUCAGCACUGCUCCUCCUCGCCGCUAUAUCAUCCACGGUGCCGCCCGCCUCGUCAUUAAUGUUGCACAACCUCGACCCUGCUUCGUUUCAGCGAUAGAAACAUGAGCAGUGCCAAUCCACUGGGCCCUUUCGGCUCCGGCCAUGCCCCAUCAUUGGAAUCACAACCACGAGAGGAAGUACAGGACCAACCAGGUGUCAUAUCCGACACACCUGACGACGAUGAAGAUUCCGCCUUUGAGGACCAGGAUGGCGCGCAGGCAGCUCUUCAGCCGGCAAUCAGCUCUGCGGCCAGUCAUCUCACCUCGUGCCAAACGCCCGCAGUGGAAAAGGCUGCAGUUCUAGAGGCAGUUCCUGACAGUGGCCGCUUCGACCGUGCCAUUGCAGAGGCCGAGGCAGAAGACAGUGAUCCGCUCCCCCCGAAGCCUCAUCUGCCUAUCGAGGCGUCCCGGGCGACACAAGGUGCUCGGCCAGGAAAGCCCAUCCUCAACCUCGGUCGGCUUCCAAGCUCACACGAAAAUGGAGUGCACCCACUGCCCUCACCUUGGGUCUCAGGCCCAAAAGAUAUCAUCAUCGACGACAAGGCUGGCCGUUCCAGCCAGACACGCAGCGUCCUCAACUCGGCGUUCGGUCCAACUCGCCAGCGCCGAUCUAGAUCCGCAGGCCAGGAAGCCCUAAAACGACUGUCCAAGGCCUUACCGUCUAUCAACAUGCCUACCAACUUUUUGCCAUCGCUUCCCUCCUCUUUCUUUUCUAGUUUCACUGGCGAUCACAAGCCUGGACAGACUAGCAUGGCCCGACCAACAACGACUUGUUCUUCGCCUUCCGUAUCGCUCCUGCAACAGCUGAAACAGCCCCAGGACCACCGCAUGAAGCCCCGAAUAGCCGGGACACAAACGCCUUUACCAGCGCAAUCGAGGCCUCCGGUACUCCGAAAGGUAACAUCAGAUGACAGCAUGCUGUACCACAGUCUAUCGCGCGCUUCAUCCCUGGGGGACGACGAACGGUUCCAAGACGUGCGUGAAAUGGUCAAUAUUCGCUUCAUGGCAAUCAGAGACAGUCUGCCCGACGUGCCAACCUUCAGAAUGCCCAGUCUACCCAAGCUAAACGCGGGAUCCCGCAUGUCAUCCAUCUCGCUCAACGGUUUCUUUGCCGGCUGGACUGACGACACGUCUGGCUCCCAACAAGCAACUGUGAGCCGUGUUGCUGCCGGAAGCGUACCGGUAUCAGCGUCCAAGAGCGACGUAUUGAGCCCAUUGGAUCGUGUUCUGGAAAAGCUCGAGGGGGAUAUCGUCGUUCUCGGCGGCUAUCGCGGCUCUGUCCUGCGAUCCGCCGAUCCCCCACAUCAGCAGCUUUGGGCACCUGUCAAGCUGGGCUUCAACCUGCGCAAGGCCAACCUCGAGGUCGGGCUUCAAGAUGAAGAUGAAGCUGGCAUGGAGGAAAGCAUUAUACCGUCUGGGAUGCUCAAACACAUUGGACCUGUCGACAUAUCCCGCAAACUCUUCAAGCGCCUGCGUUCCUGCGCAAAUGCUCGCAACGGCAGGCUGAGAGUCUGGGACUACGGCUACGAUUGGCGGCUCAGCCCAGCUUUGUCUGCGCACAAGCUGCGCGAGUUUCUUGCUGGGCUGCCAUCGAAUCAACCGGGAGUGGCCAGCGACUCACGCGGCGCCAUAGUCAUUGCGCAUAGUCUGGGCGGCCUGAUUACCAGACAUGUCGUGAACCAGCAGCCAGACCUCUUUGCCGGAGUCCUGUACGCCGGCGUGCCGCAACGGUGCAUCAACAUCCUCGGACCUCUUCGAAAUGGCGACGCGGUGCUAUUCAACGAGAAACUGUUGACGGCGCAGGUCAACUUCUCUAUCCGCACGUCAUUUGUGUUGCUUCCCGAUGACGGCUUUUGUUUCGUUGACAAGGAGACCGGGGAGCAAUACCCCGUUGACUUCUUCAACGCGGAUGAUUGGAUCAAGUGGCGCCUGAGUCCCUGCGUGGCAACGGCCUUGCCAGCAUACAACAGAGAGAAGCUGCAGACGGCGUCCCCUCUCUCAUCGCUGUUUCCAAACUCAUUGCUGAAGGGCGGCCGAUUUGAAAGAAAGUCUGAUGGUGCGGAGAUCGGCGACGUCGAUGAAAACCGCCCAGGUCAAGGCACCGUGGAGGGUGCCCUUAGGAAGGAUCGGACCAUUGCACCCCAGCUCAACGCGGAGGGAGCGGGCAUUGGCUCCGCCGCAUCUCUGCCGCCGUCUCCGCCGCCGUCUCCGCCGGCCCCGGAGCGCGAGCGUUACGUGUGCUACCUCCGCCGCACACUGGCAGCCACUAGGAGGUUCCGCUCCGAGCUGGCACACAUGUCGACUCACGAGUCUGCCAACGCAUAUCCGCCCCAUGCGGUGCUCUACGGGAAGACAAUCCCAACGGUGUACGCGGCACAGGUGAACGGUCGGGCUGGCAUUGCGUGUUCUGACGCCUACGAUGACCUCUUGUUUCGAGCGGGCGAUGGCGUUGUUCUCGCGCGCGAGGCAAUGUUGCCGCAGGGAUACGCCCUCGUUCGCGGCGGUCGGGUGAGCACCGAGCGCGGCCAUCUCACCAUGCUCGGCGAUCUGCCGGCUGUCGGGCGAGCGCUGGAGUCAUUGGUGAGGGGUAGAAUGAAGGGCAUCGGGCUGGGGACUAGGGAGUCGGACGACAGCACACAGGGUCGAGGCUAGAAACGGGCACGUCAAGCACCAUAGCUUCGCGCGAUGGCACUGUCCGGCCGCAGACGGCAAGGUCGUGUCACCGCAGGGCCAUGAGCCCGCCUCUUUUGGGGAAAAGACUACAAAACACGGCCAGAUAUGUGACAGGGCACAUGCAAGGACGUCCGGGGGUGAGACAUGACGAUGCGGUCCCCGGCCCUUUUAGCAUGACAGGUUACGCACAUGCGUGUCGCCAGAGACAUGCGAUGUCACCCAUGUCAGCCGUGCCGAGCUGGCCGAACAAUGCCACCCUGAUGACGAGAUACAUGGCACGCACGACUUUCUGGUAUGCGGGCUACGUACUACUGCAAUUCUUCUUCAAGAGCGCAACGUCUUCAGCACGCGGAGCGUCGCGCGCAAGGCCCGCUCUCUAACUUUUUGACAUGUCCAAGAUCCGUGAUAGCACACCUCGCAUGGCAUUCUUGCUCGUGCCCCAUGUGUUCCGGACAAAGGACGCCCCUCUCCCCGUGACAGUCGCAACCAUGGCUCGCUGAGACACAUUCCAAGUAAACAAGGAAAAAUUUCCGCGUUUCAGGAGCUCUGUUCCGCACCUGUUCGCGUCCUCGUGCCUGACCCGGCGUUUUCGUUAGCCUGCGACGUCUCUGCGACCCGCGUUCCCUCUUGAGACCCGACGUCGACUCGUCGAUGAGAUGCUCUCCCCUCCAUUUAUCUGCUGGCCAGGGCGCGACCAUCGGAUGGCAUGUCAUUUUUGCUGGCUCGAUAGUAGAUUGCGAUGAGAGGCUUUCACCAGGGUACUCUCUUUUUCCUACCUGCGGUUACACUCGUCCGUCGCCGUGCCCGUCCGUUGCAAGGGGAAACAAUUCUUAUGCGGUGCGAUGACUCGUCGUGGGCUGCAGCGGGAGCGGGUUGUCUUGAUGAUUUGGCGACCGGCGUGGCAACUUCUUCGUCCGGUAUGGGACAUCCUGCGUGGUGCCCGUCCGGACCAUGGCCGGGAGGCAAUGCUGUCCGGCGCCUUUUUUUUCUUGUUUCGCGCUGAGGUAUCGCCUCGAAAGAACACUUCAUUGAACCGCGUGCUCAGCCGCCAAGCUUUGAAAGCGCUCUCAGACAGAGGAUAUCGCAUGGAGGGGGACGCCAGUGCGGCAGCUGUUCGCAGACCGUGGCGACCGCCAUUUGCACUUGACAAGCCAUGCGCUCUUUGACCAUAGCAAGGUCGCUGCCUUGAUCCUCUUCGCGUGGCACAAAAUAGACGUGCUCCAGGUUGGACAUGCGCAGAG